AUGGAGAACCUUUACAAUGACAUGGAAGAAUAUGGCAAAAUAUGCCAACUGUACACCGAGAAAAAACAAAAAAGAGAAAAGAAAGCGAACAACAUUAAUGAUGUAGUAGAUGAAGACAUACUAUGGAUGUACGAAACGAAGGAAGAGAAGGAGGCCAAGGAACAGGAAGAAUAUUUAUUGGGGAAAAAAAUUGAUAUGCAAAAGUUAAUCGAACAAGAAGAAGAAGCCAAAAAGGAAAUCGUAAAACAAAAAAAUAAUGUAGACCAUUUGAAUAAAAUCAGAGAAGAUCCACUAACUAUUAUUAAAAAAAUGGAAUUUCAAAAGAAAAAAAUGAUGGAUGAACAAAAGAGACUCUUGCAGUUGCAGCGCAAUAGGGAAAUGCCCGAAGAUAAUGCGCUUAAUAGACAAAGCGGCAAAUCAGGCAACAGCUCGUCAAGUGAGGAGGACGUCGUGCGAUCAAGAGAAAAGGAGAAAGACAGGAAGAAAAGAAGGAGGGAAGAAAAAAAAAUGGAAAAAAGACGAGUGAAAAAAAGAAGGAAAGAAAAGAGUAAGGAAAAAAGGGAAAGAAAAAGAGAAAAGGAACGAAAAGAAAAAAAAAAACAUAAAAAGGAAAGGAAAGAAAGACAGGUCAACUCAGAUGCAGAGUCCGAAUCGGAAGAGGAAAGGAGAAUGAGAAAAUCGAGAAAGAGGGAUCGCGGGAGAAGUGAUGAAUCAGUCAAGGAAAGAGUUUGGGAUGCACGUCGGCAUGGGAAAAGAAGAAGAGGGGAGAGCACUGAACGCGGAAGUGAAACUGACAGCGGACGUGAUAGCGGAAUUAGAAGCGAAAGCGACAGUGGCAGUGGUCGUCAUCGUUCUAGGAUUUCAAAGUCGAAAAAGAAGAGGAAAGAAAAAAGUGACAAUGAAUAUAGCAGUGGUAGUAGAAGUGACGUUAGCAAUGGGCGAAGUGGGAAAGGAGAAAAUCAGCGGCGAAUGGAACCAGAGCGAGAGAAGCGACGGCGAUGGGAACAGCCGCGAGAAAUAGAUGAAGGUAGAGACAGGCGAAGUGAUAGCGAACGCAAAAGAAAAAGGUGGAGAAAUGAGCGCUGA